AUGUCGCAUGAGGUCGGAACACCUAGAAUCAAAAACGACGAUCUAAUCCCCGGAGAUAUCAGCUUCACCCCGGACUUAAGAAUCGGCCCGGAUCAACUUCCCUCCGUCAAUUUUUCUUUUUCAUAUCUCGAAUCCAACAGCCAGACUAAGGUGUUUAACGGCGAGAGUCUUGAUCACACAAAAUGGCAACAACUUCUCAACCCCCCUUCGGUUUACAUCCCAUCACAAUCUGUCCACAUCUCGCAAAUUCGUUCCUCGUCGCCCACGAAUCCAGGUCUUGCGCCUCAUGAAAUCUCUUUCCUCCGUCUCCUAGAUGCAGUCACCAAUGGCUCUCAAAUGGAGAUCUCAUACACCGGAACUGUGCUGGUUUACAAGCCGGGCUUGAUCACCGGCAGCAUGGCCGGUACUGGAGCCAGCGGCGGCAUGAUCACCUACGAGAUUCCGUCAAACUGUAACCGCGGUCUCAGUUACUUCCUGAUCCCUCUCUGUCUGCUGGCCCCAUUCGCCAAAGCACCCAUGAAGGUGCUCUUCACAGGGCCCGGUGUGAUCACUUCGUCGACACAGACCGGCGAUAUGUCUGUCGACAGCGUUCGCACUGCCAUUCUCCCUCUGUACAAACAAUUUGGUAUCUGGAACAACCUCGAGCUCCGUAUCUUGAGGCGAUCAAACACCGGCCCCACUGGUAGGGGUGGUGGUGGUGAAGUGCAACUUGUGUUUGGCCACCAAGUCCGUCUGCCGAAGACCCUGCACUUGAUGAACGCCGGCCGCAUCAAGCGCAUCCGUGGUGUUGUGUACUCGGUUGGUGUCUCCGGCUCGAACAACGCUCGUAUGAUUGAGACCGCCCGUGGUAUCCUCAACCCACUCAGCCCUGAUACUUAUAUCUUCUCCGACGUUGCGUCUGCGCCUUUGGUAUCAGCUCCGGAUAAGACCAAUCCCCAGGCGAAGAAGAAGAUCGGUCUUGGGUUCGGUUUAUCCUUGGUAGCGGAGUCUUCCACGGGCUGCCUCUUCUCAGCUGAUGUGGCCUCUCCGCCAUCGGGUGGUCAAGCCCCUGAGGAUGUUGGAAAGCAGUGUGCAUUCCAGCUUCUGGAGACGGUUUCGAAGGGAGGUUGUGUGGCUCCUGCGGCUGCGACGACGAUGUUCACACUCAUGACCAUGGGCUCGGAGGAUGUUGGGCGGUUACAGGUUGGCCGAGAUGUGAUUGCUGAUCCCAACGUGAUCCAGCUUGCCCGAGACCUGUCCAAGUUCGGUGCCCCUGGCUGGGGUAUCCGAGAUGCACCUGACAAUGGAGAUGGUGAUGUGAUUGUCAGCAUUGUCGGCCGUGGAAUCGGUAACUCUACCAUUACUCUGAAGACCGUUCUUGCCAAUCCGGAAGUCUCGCCUCAGCAGUUCACUCCUUCCCAGCAGAAGGAACCACGUGGUAGUCCAUCAGAUGCCGUUGACGUCGCGGGUUUCUGGCCAUCUGCCCAGCGCCAGUGUACUCCGAGAAACCCCGACGUUCUAAGGCUGUCGAACAUGAAUUCGACCUAUCGCUCCACAGCGACAUAG